CACAGCAGCAGCAGCAGUGGCGAGCUCAUCUGGGGUGAUGGCAUGCUUCAUAACGCUAUAGGUCCAUAGUCUAUAUCUAUUCAGGUGAAAGGUCGCAACAUUUCGUCUUUGUGCGCCCACGGUCUCCAAAAAGACAACUUACCACACCAUGGAACACGAUCGGGUGAAUUUCUAGACUGUGCGCAAGUGUUUGAGCUCUCUUCAUCAUUUUAAAUGACGGUUCGAGUUACAAUGAAACUUUGGCCGCCGACGAUAAAACGCGUUCAACUCAGCAGAGGAGAAAAGCGAGCGCAAUGAAGGAGCGCAGCUGGCGAAGGUAAAGCAGGAAAAGUUCAUUAGCUCAUCGCGGUUUGGUCAUUUAUUAGAAGCACGACGGCAUAUUUCAUUCUGUGAAAACGUAGCACAGUGUGGGAAAGUGUUUAUACUGUUUGCGGUGAAACAAGAAAAAAGUGUGAAUAAUGGCUGAAGAGGGAUCUGGUGGCUUGGCGAAGUCUGCCGCGGUUAAACUCUCAGAGAUGGGAGAAAAAACUAAACAACUAAGCACUGCUAUCCAAGAUCCUGAACGACAGCGGAGGAUUAUUUUAGUAAUCGUCUGUGUGGCACUUUUGUUAGAUAAUAUGCUUUACAUGGUGAUCGUACCAAUCGUUCCAGAUUAUUUAGCAAGCCUAGAAAGUGAAUCUCCAACAAGCAAAAACUCCUCCAACAGCACAGAAAACUUCGACGUGCAGAUUGGUGUCCUAUUUGCAUCCAAAGCCAUUCUACAGCUUCUUGUAAAUCCUUUGACGGGCACCUUCAUAGACCGCGUUGGAUACGACAUACCACUUUUAAUUGGACUUUCCAUCAUGUUUGUUUCCACGUGCAUUUUUGCCUUCGCUGAAAACUACGCGACUCUUUUCGUGGCGCGGAGUCUGCAGGGUAUCGGCUCGGCUUUCGCAGAUACGUCAGGUAUCGCAAUGAUAGCAGACAAAUACACGGAGGAGGCCGAGAGGAGUCGAGCCCUGGGCAUCGCAUUGGCAUUUAUCUCCUUCGGCAGCCUGGCGGCGCCCCCCUUCGGCGGGGUGCUUUACGAGUUCGCAGGGAAGCGCUUCCCCUUUCUCGCCCUCGCCUGUGUCUGUCUAGUCGACGGUAUUUUGUGCUUGACUGUCCUUAAACCAUUCUCCAGCAGGACAAGGGAAAACAUGCCAGUUGGCACACCUAUUUAUAAACUUAUGAUUGAUCCAUAUAUAGCAGUGGUGGCAGGGGCACUGACCACGUGUAACAUCCCCCUUGCGUUUCUGGAGCCCACCAUCGCGAACUGGAUGGAGGAGACAAUGGACGCGUCCCAGUGGCAGAUCGGUCUUACUUGGUUGCCAGCUUUUUUCCCACAUGUUUUAGGUGUCUACAUUACUGUAAAACUGGCAGCCCGACACCCACACUUACAAUGGUUUUAUGGAGCUCUCGGCAUGGUAAUAAUAGGUGCCAGCUCUUGCACUGUGCCAGCUUGCAAAAACUUUGAGCAACUUAUAAUCCCCUUGUGCGGCAUCUGCUUUGGCAUUGCGCUAGUGGACACUGCGCUGCUGCCCACACUUGCGUUUCUGGUUGAUGUGCGCCACGUCUCUGUGUAUGGCAGUGUGUACGCCAUUGCGGACAUCUCUUACUGUGUCGCAUAUGCUCUAGGUCCAGUUGUGGCUGGUAAAAUAGUGCACGACCUCGGUUUUGUGCAGCUCAAUCUGGGCAUGGGCCUUGCCAACGUGCUUUACGCACCAGCGCUGCUCCUGCUGCGCAACGUAUGCCUCAUGAAGCCGUCUCAUUCCGAGAGAAAUAUGCUGCUGGAGGAAGGGGCCACAGGACUCUACGACACCAUCAGGCUAGAAGAGUGCCAAGCCAAGAAAAAGAAGCAGUGCUACAGUACAACGGACAACUGUCUGCCUGUGGAUGAAAACGGCAUUUUUGCUGGAAACUCCAAAUCAUACUCACAAGAGGAAGCAUAUGAACCCGAAUAUGCAUAAAAGGAACAAUCCUAAUCAGUGCUGCGUCACUUUCCCGGACACACAUUAAUAUACACAAUUUAACCCCAAAAUAGGCUUUACCUCUGUCUGGAAAACCAGCCUUCGAUGUGUAGUCUAGCCAUAGAAUUGUAUAGGACUUCUUUCACACUUUCACACUGGUGCAAAAUGUGCAACAUAAACUGUUCGCCGACUAUGCUGUGUAACUCUAAAUCAUACUUAUUUCAUGUUUGAUGAAGAAUUAAUGGCUUCACGUGUUCUUUUUAAUUAUCAAACUAGCUGUUAUCAGCAUAUUUGUGACCAUUUGCUUCCAUUUCUCUUUAAAAGUAUCACAGUGUAAUAUUUUUCCUUUAAAGAAAAGCAUCAGUAUUAUAUCACUGUUUCAAAAUGCGUUCAGGGAUAAAUAAACGCACAAAAUGUGCGUCAUUAUUCAAAACAGGCUUAAGUUAUUGUCGUUUUUUUGCCAGGUCUGUGCUGCCAUAACUAAUAUGCAAUGUCACUUGACAAUUUGACGGAUUAAAUGAUGGAUCUAAUGUGUAGCCUAUCCUUCGUCUCCACUGUCUGUAUGGUCUUUUAACAUUGUGAGGGUGUAUUUCUGGAAUGCGUCAAUGUAUAUUAUGAAUUUAAAAAAUGUACAUAAUGUGUAUAUCAAGUGUACAUAAUUAAAAAAAAAUAUA